CCAGGGACUCGCCGUCUCCGGGAAGAAGCACAGCUGAGCUCGCCCUGCUUCAAAAUGGCUGUUGGUAAAGAUGGUGAAUAGGAGGAAGCGCCACGGAUCGACAUCUGAAGAGAAAGACUCUCUUUAAACGGACCUCCAUACAGCAAAGCACUUCGACGUUUCUUCUUUGUGAGGACCCAUUUAUCCUUAUUAAAUUGGCAUUUGUAGGUUAAUGAAAGUUGUCCGAGUGUUGAGUGGCAAUCAUGGACACCACAACCUCCAUCAAGAUGACCACUCUGGCCAUCCAGAAUCUCUUCAGCUAUGUGGAAGAAGAAAACCUAGCUGCUGUAAAAGCCCAUCUCGACAAGUUUAAAGAGGUGGAUGGUCGGAGUGAUAAUGGACAGACUCCUCUGAUGUUGGCUUCAGAGCAGGGCAGUCUUGAGAUUGUUCAGGAGCUCAUCCGAAGGGGAGCAAAUGUCAAUUUGGAUGAUGUGGAUUGCUGGUCCGCGCUGAUCUCUGCAGCUAAGGAGGGGCAUGUGGAUGUGGUGAAUGAGCUGCUGGAAAACAGUGCUUAUAUUGAGCACAGAGACAUGGGGGGUUGGACUGCCCUCACAUGGGCUUCUUAUAAAGGCAGAGUUGAUGUGGCCAGGGUCCUGCUGGAGAAUGGGGGAAACCCUAACACAACUGGACAGCAAUACAGCGUCUAUCCCAUUAUCUGGGCCGCUGGGAGAGGCCAUGCAGAGAUUGUUAAACUCUUGCUGGACCAUGGAGCCAAAGUCAACUGCUCUGAUAAGUACGGCACCACCCCACUGAUCUGGGCUGCUAGAAAGGGUCACUACGACUGUGUGAUGCACCUGUUGGAGAAUGGAGCUGAUGUUGACCAGGAGGGGGCGAACUCCAUGACGGCACUGAUCGUGGCUGUGAGAGGAGGUUAUACAGAGGUGGUUAAAGAGCUUUUGAAGAGGAACCCCAAUGUGAACAUGACCGAUAAGGACGGCAACACAGCCCUGAUGAUCGCAGCUAAAGAGGGCUACACAGAGAUUGUGCAGGACCUGCUGGAUGCUGGCACAUACGUUAACAUUCCAGAUAGAAGUGGUGACACAGUGCUUAUUGGAGCUGUGAGAGGAGGGCAUGUUGAGAUCGUAAGAGCCCUGCUGCAUAAAUACGCAGACAUUGAUAUCAGAGGACAGGAAAGUAAGACUGCUCUUUACUGGGCUGUAGAAAAAGGCAAUGCCACCAUGGUUCGAGACAUACUGCAGUGUAACCCAGACACAGAGACCACCACAAAGGAUUCGGAGACUCCGCUAAUCAAAGCCACCAAAAUGAGGAGUAUAGAAGUAGUGGAGCUACUGUUGGACAAAGGGGCAAAAGUUUCAGCAGUAGACAAGAAAGGGGACACACCUCUUCAUAUCGCCAUACGUGGACGGAGCCGCAGACUGGCUGAGCUCCUCCUCCGUAACCCUAAAGACGGCCGCCUGCUCUACCGACCCAACAAGGCUGGGGAGACUCCCUAUAAUAUCGACUGUAGCCACCAGAAGAGCAUCCUCACCCAGAUUUUUGGAGCCCGACAUCUGUCCCCCACAGAGUCAGAUGGGGACAUGCUGGGCUAUGACCUGUACAGCAGCGCUCUGGCAGACAUUCUGAGCGAGCCCACCAUGCAGCCGCCCAUCUGCGUGGGUCUGUACGCCCAGUGGGGCAGCGGCAAGUCCUUCCUGCUCAAGAAACUAGAAGAUGAGAUGAAGACAUUUGCAGGGCAGCAGGUGGAGCCUCUGUUCCAGUUUUCCUGGUUGGUAGUUUUGUUAUCGCUCAUGCUGUGCGGCUCUGUAGCUCUGGUGCUCGGCUUCACUGUGGAUGCCAAGCUGGCUAUUGCCAUCUCUCUCACCCUCCUAGCGCUGCUUUAUGUGUUUUUCGUGGUUGUGUACUUCGGGAGCAGGCGUGAGGGUGAAAGCUGGAACUGGGCAUGGGUCAUUAGCACCCACCUUGCCCGACACAUUGGAUAUCUGGAGCUUCUGCUUAAACUCAUGUUUGUCAACCCACCAGAACUACCCGAACAGACCACCCGGGCUCUGCCUGUCAGGUUUCUGUUCACAGACUACAACAGGUUAUCCAGUGUGGGUGGUGAGACAUCCAUGGCUGAAAUGAUCGCUACUCUCUCAGAUGCCUGCGAGAGAGAGUUUGGCUUUUUGGCCACAAGACUUUUCAGAGUGUUCAAAACCGAGGACACUCAAGGAAAAAAUAAGUGGAAGAAGACAUGUUGCAUCCCAUCCUUUGUCAUCUUCCUUUUCAUUCUGGGCUGCUUGAUCAUUGGCAUGGCACUGCUUGCAUUCUUUAAAGUGGAUGCGCAAAACCAGACCGUAAACGCAGUGCUGGUUUCCAUGGCGAGUGUUGUUGGGUUGGCGCUGUUGGUGAACUGCCGCACCUGGUGGCAGGUGACAGAUUCUGUACUUAACUCUCAGAGGAAGAGGCUGCACAGUGCUGCCAACAAGAUGAACAAGCUGAAGAGCGAGGGCUUUAUGAAGGUCUUGAAGAAUGAAGUGGAGCUCAUGGCUAAAAUGGCCAAGACUAUAGAUGGCUUUACCCAGAAUCAGACGCGUCUAGUCGUCAUUAUCGAUGGUCUGGACUCCUGUGAACAGGACAAAGUUUUACAGAUGUUGGACACUGUGAGGGUGCUGUUCUCCAAAGGUCCUUUCAUCUCCAUCUUUGCCAGUGACCCUCACAUCAUCAUUAAAGCCAUAAACCAAAACCUCAACAGUGUUCUGCGUGACUCCAACAUCAACGGUCACGACUACAUGCGCAACAUCGUCCACCUGCCCGUGUUUCUCAACAGCCGCGGCCUCAGCAGCGCAAAGAAGAUGUGUGCGCUAGCUCCAGCUAAUGGAGAAACUGGCAACUCUGAGGGCGGCUGGCAUGAGGAGUUGGACAGAAAAUUGUCUCAGAACAGCUUGGGCGAACAGACCAAGUUUGGCAGUAAGACCACUCUAAAUCGUAGGGAUACUUACCGUCGCAGACAAAUGCAGAGAUCGGUCACACGUCAAAUGUCAUUCGACCUCACAAAACUGCUCGUGACUGAGGACUGGUUCAGUGACAUCAGCCCCCAGACACUGAGACGACUGCUUAACAUUGUGUCUGUCACAGGCCGUUUGUUGAGGGCCAAUCAGAUAAGUUUUAACUGGGAUCGACUCGCAUCCUGGAUCAACCUGACCGAGCAGUGGCCGUAUCGCACAUCCUGGCUCAUGCUGUACCUAGAGGAGACAGAUGGCAUCCCAGACCAGACCACUCUGAAGACCAUCUAUGAAAGAAUCUCCAAAAACAUUCCAACCACUAAAGAUGUGGAGCCAUUGCUAGAGAUAGAUGGAGACGUUCGGAGCUUUGAGGUCUUCCUAUCGUCCCGUACACCGGUGCUAACAGCUCGAGACAUUCGCACAUUCCUCCCCUGCACGGUUAAUUUAGAUCCUAAACUGCGAGAGAUUAUUGCAGAUGUGCGUGCUGCCCGGGAGCAGGUGAACAUGGGAGGUGUCACCUAUCCCACGCUGCCCUUGCAAGAGGGCCGCCCAAUAUCUGUCUACAGCCAGCAGUCCUCUGCCUGCUCUCCCACUGCCUCCUACAACGGCCCAUAUAACCCGCCGGGUGUGACUCCUCAGCCUCACAGCGCUUAUUUCAGUGGCAUGGCUGGGCCACAACACCCGUUCUACAAUAGGCCAUAUUUCCCCCAACAUCUUUACCAGCUGCCACGACAGUACGCUGGCAGCUCCAUCCCCGCUCAUGUUCUUCCACGCACCUUCAUUAAAACCGGCUAUUCCAAGGACCCUAGCAUUGGACCCCAGGGUAAAGUACCGUCUUUGAAAAAGAAGCAGGGCUCUGCCUCGGUGGUGUCAGGCACCCCAUCCUUGCUUCUCAGCUCAAUGAGCACAGAGGUCGUGUGUGAACGUGUAAGACUUAUCGAUGGCAUGGACCAAAGCAUGCUGUCCCAGUAUACCGCCACCAUUAAGAAGGCUAACAUAAACGGCCGAGUUCUGUCUCAAUGCGUCAUUGAUGAGCUGAAGAAAGAAAUGAACAUGAAUUUUGGAGAUUGGCAGCUUUUCAGAACAACUGUGAUGGAGCUCCGUCAAGUGGAGAGCCAAGUCCUGCAUGAGGAGGCUCCCAGCGAGCAGGGCAGCAUAGAGCCUUCCAGACAUGCUGGAUCCUCUGCUCUCAGAGGAGUGGGCAACACGGACACCUCACCCAUGUACAACUUUAACCUCAGUUUUGAGGAGCUCAGUAAUGUGGGCAUAGAUGAACCUCCUAGGCAUGUCGCCCCUGCAUGGAUGGCCACCCACCGUACACCCAGCAUGUCUAGCCUCAACUCUCAAGAGUCCUCUAAUGAAAUUUGCAAGCUAACCGACAAACAGCAGGCAGAGUAUCGCAACGCCUAUGAGGAAUACAUCGCCUCAAUGUCUCAGAUUGAGUUAGGCAGUGGAAUGGAAAAGCCCAUGCCCCCUUUUCCUGGUGUGAUGCCCUCUAGCUCAGAAGAUAAGCGGAAGGAUGGAGUUGAACAGGAUGGGCGCAAAACCGCUUCAAAACGAGGAAGCACAAAAUCGGCAACAGAUACCACCGACUACCCCACAGGAGAUACUUUAGAUCCUAUUACAGAAGAGGAUGAGAAAGUCGAUCAUGGGUCAUCAAAGUCCUUACUGGGACGUAAGACAUCUGGUGAGAAGGUGGGUCUCUUCCAGGGUGCUGACUUGAAGCUAAAGGCCGCUGGUGGUUUACGCUAUCAGAAGCUGACCAGUGAUGACGAAGAGUCAGAAGAGUCUGACAAUGCUCCUCUGCUGAAGGAUGGCAAGAAACCAGAGCCUAAAGCUUCUGAUGCUGGAGACCGAGCUUUCGGCAAAGGUAAAGAUUACCUUUCAGACAAGAAGGAUUCCUCCGACUCAGGUGUCCGCUCUAACGAAAGCUCGCCCAACCACUCCCUGCAAGACGAAGAGGCCGACCUGUCGCAAUCCGAGAGGGCUAACCUGAUUGAGCUAGAUGAGGAGAAUUUGGCCCGAAAGAGAGGACUGCCCAAUAGUCUGAGUGGCCUCCAAGACCCAGCUAUCGCUCGCAUGUCCAUCUGCUCCGAGGACCAGUGCAGUCUUCUGGCCAGCAGCCCUGAGGAGAGCUGGCCUUCCUCUAAGAGCUACAACCUCAACCUGACACCCAACAACACCACCCUCAAUAACAACACAAAUGCCCAACAAGGUAACAACAUUCGCCAGCCGACAGAUAGCUCCACCACUACUGGUAGUGAUGUCAUCAUAACUCCUAGUUCCAGCACCACCCAAAAUGAGAAUGUCCGUGUGGUGCACUUGAAGAGGGGGCUUAACCCUGGAGAUCCCCCAGAGAUCCUAAGAGUGUCCUCAGACACCGUUACCUUUGGAGAGGAGCGAGAGAGCAUCCUGUAGGCAACAUGUUGAUCUACUGUAGUAGUGUCUGGUCUUAGCCAAUCAGUAUUGUCUGUUGUGAUGGCAGGGCAUUUUUGGUGUAACGCUUAAAUGUGUGUAAUCGUGAUUGUGUCGUUUCUAAAUGUUAAAGUGGUUUUCAUUCACACAGUCCUUUAACUACAGUGCUUCACCAUCGUACCUUUCUCAGUACUGUAAGUGCAAAAUUCAUACAAAAUUAAUAGCUUAAUUAAUUAUGCAUGCAUUUCUAAAUAUAGUAUGGAUAAACUCAUACACAGCUGUAGGAAGUUUCAGCAGUCUCCCAAAGGAAAAGAUCGUUUUUACCUUUGUCACGAUAAAACUUAGCAUACAGUAAUUAAAGCAUUAAACAGUACCAAAACUUUGUGUCCAUUAAAAACUACGUAUAUAAGAAUUCAUCCAUUAGUAAUCAUACAUCCGGUUUGGAAAUGUGCUGUAUUGAAUAGUUUAUUGCACGCAUGCACACUAGCAUUGUGCUGUAGUGAUAGUAGUACAUAAGCAGUGACAAGCAUGGGUCAACCUGCACUGAGUCUUGAAUUAGGAAAAACGUAUUGCAUGCCCCGUGGUGUUAGUCUUUAGCAGGUAACUGUGUUGUUAUUGAUAACCAUCUGUAGAGCCAAAAAGUGUUUGAUGUUCAGAAUGAAGUGAAAUAAAUCUUCAUUGACAGCC